UUUGUUUACGCUGAAUAAACAUUUUAAAACUCCGCGUUUUUGGGGUGUGUUUUUAUUUAAACUUAUUUCCUGUAUCGACGAAGAUUAAAAAUGAAGCUUUUAAACUGAUUUCCCGCCGAGUCAGGAAGGGAAUAUUUGAGAAACGAAGAUCUAGUCAGCCGCUGGCGUUUAUCUGGCUCGUCCUCUGAGGUUCCGGUUCCGGUUCCACUGAAAUCUCGGCAGGAAUCAUGGCUUUAGAUGGGAUCAGCGUGUCGUUCCUGAAGUACGAGCUCGCCUCGACGAUCGACCAGGCGGUGAGGUGCGCGGUGGACUCGGUGCUCAAGGAAACGGCGCGGAUUGUGGGCGCGAGGCUGACCGAGGCGCGCGACGCCGCCGCAGAGUCCCAGCGCGAGAACCGGACGCUGCGCGAGAGGCUCGAGGUGUCCGAGAGCGAGCUGAAGGCGGUGCGGUAUUACAUGACCGCCGCUGAGAAGAACAUCAAGCAGUGCUUGCUGUUAAACCGGAACCGACCACCGUGCAGCAACACCGGCGCCGAGGAGCUCCAGUUCUCCUCAGAAGGGGCUCCAGAUACCAGAGAACCAGCUCAUCUCAAAGGCUUCAGGAGCUCGUCUGGAAGGAGUCACGGCGCUAAAACAGUGCCGAGUGUGGGCCUGUGCUUACCCACGGUGCAGUCCGACUGGCCCCGGGGCGUCGUCAACCGAAAGAGGAUGCGUGCCACCAACAGCGCGUGCUUCAUCACCGACACUCCGAACCGAUCCCCGUUGGAACCUGAUUCGGUCCAGACCAGAACCGAAGAUCCAACAGAAGAUCAGUUUUACAUCUCCGAAGAAGGAGUGAUGGAUAAGGAUUAUAAGUCCUCUGCAGGUGCAGUGCAGGAUUUUGGGAGAGUACAUCAGGAGGAGCAAGACGCUGCAGGUUCGUCCACGAAGGCCCCUGAUGAACCCUGCGACGUUGGGAGGUUCGAGUUUGAGAUGGGCGCUCCAGCAGGUAACGUCAACGAGCUGAGCCUCAUUCAGGUGAUGGAUGCAAGCGAGGAGCUCAAGCAGAACUCAGUGAAAAUCGAAGACGAAUCUGAAGUCCAGCCUUUAGACCCUCCGCCUGUCGUUGCGGCCUCCGCUUCCUGUUUGAACGCUCAACCCCAGAUCAUCUCGCCUCCCGUGUCUGCUGGGGACGUGGAGGCACCGCCGGGGUUGAUGCCACCCGUUGAGGCGACUGAUAAAGUGCACCGCUGUAACAUCUGCGGCCGAGGCUUCCGCCGCUUCUACUGCCUGAAGACGCACCAGCGCAUCCACACGGGCGAGCGGCCGUACCCCUGCCGCUACUGCGAGAAGCGUUUCCGCCACUUGGACAGUCUGCACAAGCACCAGCGAAUCCACACAGGAGAGCGGCCGUACCGCUGUGCUCAGUGUGGCUGCUGUUUCCGCGAGCUGGGUCAGCUCAAAAAGCACCGGCUCAAACACUCGCCCACCUCUGCCGCUCCGCCCGCCCACCCUGCCCUCUCCAUCCUCCCGGCUGCAGCCUCCUACACCUGGCCACACAUCAACUCCCAGUCUCUGGAUCUGGUCUGAGUGCUCAAGCCUCCUGAACUACUAUGUCCCUGAGGUCAAAAAGUUAAAAUCUGCUGCAAACGAGUCAUAGUAGUAGCAAUGAAUGUUCAGGCUCAUUUAAAGCUGUCGUACAUGCUGUAUCGUAAUGCAAAGCCGCAGAGGGAGAGAGAGACUGGAAUGUUAACAAAUGUUACCGAAAACGGUCCGAAUUAAAAUUUGCUUACCGCAGCUUUAAGCGGUGAAACUGCACAAAUAAUGUAUAUAAACAACUAAAACAAGUCUACUGUGAAGAAAGACAGAGAUUAAAAUGAGCUGUAUGUACGGUCUAUAGGAGCAUUUUAGUCCCAGUGUGGAGUGAAACGGCAAAUGAAAAUAGUAAUGCCUUCGUUUUAUUGUGUCUAUGGCAACCAGUGAUUCAUCAAAUAUACUGAUUGUAGCUUUAAUGUGCUUUGUGGCAUGAUAUUGCUUGAAAUGCUGAUGAUAUUAAAAUCUCACUUGACUGAA